CCCGCGCGUGUAUCGUAAGGCGACGUACAAAAGAUUGCUCGGUUGCAGCUACAUUUCCGUAUUUCGUUUGGCAGUAGAAAAUGUCUUAAGUGUUUAGCAACUUGUAAGCGGUGGCGAAAACUACUCGGAAACAAUGGAAAGCAGCAGCCACAAAAUCUACAGAAGGUGGAUUUAAAAAUAAGAGAAAAAGAAGCAAGUACUGCUUUCAAGGAGCAGGAAUUCAUCUGGCGUUAUUGUUUAUUUUUAUUAUACUUAUUUGUCGCUUAUCAUAAUUUGUGUUCUGUCUCAAAGCAACGUACAGUGUUUAAAAAGCAUUCACUACCGAAAUGUAAAAUGCGUCCAAAGAUAAAAGGAGUAUUGCCUAAAGUGCUCACCUUACAAUAACAAAAAAGGGCCCGUCCUCCCCUUCCCGGCUAAAAGCUGAACCUCAAAUGGGGGCCCAAACCCUGGGCGAACAGAAACGUCUGCACCAGGCAUGGCCUAAAGACAGGUGGCGAUGGCGCCAAGGGGGCCUCCCCAGCUGGGGAGCCACCCGUGAAAAGGCCCCGUCCUCUUGCCACACUCUGCCCCUCCCUCGGAAGGGCCUCAGAGACGACGAACGCGACCCUCCGCGGCCGCCAAGAGGAAGCUUUGCGGGUUGAAUGGCUGCCUGCUAUCCAGCCUGUCAAAAGCACAGGACUCCUCCCCAGCCGAAGCCCCACCCGCUAUCAGUCGCCUCGCCUGUCCGUUGGGCUUCCCAGCGAGCGGCGCGUGGGGAUCGGAAGUGCCCGGCGAUCCGCUCCGUGAUCGGCCGGCCAGCCGGCAGGCGGAGAUUGCAAUGGCGGCUGAAGCUCCCCCAGCCGCCGGUGCUCCUCCUGCUCGGCCCCUUGCGGGGUUGCAGCGGGUGCGGGAGGCUCUGCGCGCGGCCCUGGCCGGCCUGCGAGGUGGCGAAGGCCGGGACGGCGCCGGAGGAGACUUCGAGCCGAGCCGCUUCUGGGGCUCCCUCGCGCAAGCCUUCCAGGCCGCCUCCCACGAAGCCACGAAGCUGACCCUGGCAUUCUCCAGACCUCCGCUGCCCUCUCUCGAGGAGCGAGAGAGCCUGGCCGAGGGGGUGCGCCAUGCUGUGCUGGCAGCUGUCUCCGUGUAUUACCAGCUCCCGAAGGACCAAGGGACCACCCUACGCAAAACCGUGCAUGAUGCCACUGUGGAAGUGGUGGAGGGAAUGAUCCAGCUCACAGAGGUUAUUCUCCGGACCCCGCUGCAGAGCCUCUCUCGGGAGCAGCUCAACUCCACGGGGGGCAUUUGGGAGGCCUGUGGCCGCAUUUCCUGCUUGCCCCGAGAUAACCAGGCAGCUGUUGCACUGGCCAUUUCCUGCUCUCUGGGGGUUGUCAGAGAUGCGCUGGAGGAGAUGGAACAGGCGCAGAGAGAAGGCGGAGACCCUUAUGGUGACCUGGAGGAUGAAGACUUGGGCUCCCGGGGGAACAGGGACAUCUACUGGUCAGAGGCUGACCGGCAGCUGCUUGGCCCCUGCACGGGGCUGGUGAAAGCUGCCAAAGCAUGCCUGAAGAAAGUGGCAGGGGCCGUGAGAUCCCACGGCAAAGCGGGCACGAUGGCGCAGGUGGCUCAGCUGGACGACAUUGCAGACGUUGCUGCUGACGUGAGUCCUAGCGUGGAUGAGCUGGUGCUGAGCACAUACCCACCUGUGAACCAGCUGACUCUCCGGCUGACUGCUGGGAAGCUGGCGGCUGUCUUGAAGAAGAUGCUAGAAGUUACCAGGGCCAGCCAUGUUUGCCCUCCCGCAGAAGAGAGCUGGGUGCUCUUUCUUGCUGGGGCAGUGGAUCACAACAUGGACAGAGUCAGAGGCUUCACCCAGGGACUGCUUUGAUGAGCCUUGCCUGCUGGAUCAGCUGGUGGCUCUGUGGCUGCUUGCAGGCGAGGGCAAGCACUCUAGAGGAGGAAGGACAAAGACUCCUGCGUGAAGCGGCUGCCCCCGCCCCCUUGGCAGGAGGAGGGGAGGGAGUCUUGCUGCCCUUGCCUGGGCAAUAAAGUCCUCCCAUGCUCA